AUGGCGCACCACUCGUUCUUCUCGAAAAGCAGGAUCAACGCGAUAGGGGCCAUCUUGUUGGGAUGGAUGGUGUAUACACCAUAUUCCGGGUGGAAGAGAGGGCACGAUUACCAUCAUCGACAUAGCAACAACACAGAUAGGAAGCAAUAUGCGCAAACAGCCCCGCUGGACAUCAAGCAAUACCAGAAGUUGUCUCAGGCGCAGAAACUCAUGUACAAGAUGAUAUACGGACACUGGACCUUAGUGUCGACAACACCAUACCUCUACUUCAUGGUUUACCAGAGGUUCAUUUCAAAGUGGUAUGAAAACUUGCUGGUUGCCAUGUACCUGUUGGCAAUCUAUGGAUAUGGAGACUACAGGCUUAUGAUGGUGGAUCUUCUCACUACUGGUCUAGGAGGGGGUCUGGGAGUUUUCCUUUUCCACAUUCAACACACUUUCGAAGGAUCCUACAAGGCUCCCUGCUCCGAGUACUCUCGUUACGAGAAUGGAAUGACGGGGAGCUCGUACCUCCUGGUCCCGGAAUGGUUCAAGUUUUUCUCAGCAUCCAUUGAGUAUCACCACAUCCACCACCUCAACACUCGGGUCCCCUUGUACAAUCUCCGCGCAUGCCACGAGUUUGGCCAGCAUCUCUUCAACUCCGUACCAACUUUUACCCUCCUCGGCGCUGCUCAACGGCUCCCGUACUCGAUCAGAGUCGAUGAAAACAGAGAGUUCAUCUCGUGUUACGAUGACUACUUUCUGUCCUCGGCGCGAUGA